AAUAUGUUCUUCUUCUUUUUUUUUUCCUGCCCCUUGAGCCGUCCUCACUGUAUUUCACUCGUUGCUUUAAAAUUCAGACUUUUGGUUUUGCUGUGAAAAAUAAAGAGAAAAAGAAAAGCUCCUUCUUUUGAAGCUUUUGUUUAUCUUUGGAACUACCCCCUCAUGCUUUGCUUUUUUAUUUUUUGAAAAGAGAAUAAUGAAGCCUCCAGUUGUUGUCUCUGGUACUGUACUCACGGAACCAAAUUGUAGGUCACGCUUGUGCAGUCUUGUCAUUUUGGCUUGUUUGCUUUGCGGUGCCUACUUUAUUGGCAGUGCUUUCAUUGAAAAUCAAUACAGAGAAAGAUUGGCACGAUGGAAAUUUAGUUAUGGAUUGCAUAAUACUAGACCAGAUUGUCGGGAUCACUGUUUUCCUUUGGAAACUGUUGCACUACCGAAAGGAAUUAUUGCCAAAACUUCGAACUUGCAAAUGCAACCUUUGUGGGGCUCUACUAUGAACAGUAAAGGCUCAAAGCUUCCAUUGAGCUUGCUGGCCAUUGCUGUUGGAAUUAAUCAGAAAGAAGUAGUGAACAAAAUUGUUAAAAAGUUUCCAUCCAGUGAUUUUGUGGUGAUGCUCUUUCACUAUGAUGGUUUCGUGGAUGAGUGGACGGAUUUAGCAUGGAGUGAUCAAGCGAUACAUGUGUCUGCAGUGAAUCAGACAAAAUGGUGGUUUGCCAAACGUUUCUUGCAUCCAGAUAUAGUUGCCGAGUAUAGAUAUAUAUUUCUCUGGGAUGAGGAUCUUGGGGUAGAGAAUUUUAACCCAAAACGAUAUAUAUCUAUUGUUCAAAAUGAAGGACUCGAAAUAUCACAGCCAGCACUUGAUACUGUUAAGUCAGCAGUGUAUCAUCCAAUUACUGCCCGACAGAGGGGAUCAAAAGUGCACAGAAGGUAUUAUAAAUUUAAAGGCAGUGGAAGGUGUGAUGACAGCAGUUCUUCUCCUCCAUGUGUUGGUUGGGUCGAAAUGAUGGCACCUGUUUUUUCUCAGGCGGCUUGGCGGUGUGUAUGGCAUAUGAUACAGAAUGACUUGAUCCAUGCAUGGGGCCUAGAUAUCCAACUCGGCUAUUGUUCACAGGGUGAUCGAUUGAAAAAAGUUGGUGUGGUUGAUGCUGAAUAUGUGGUUCAUCUGGCCCUUCCAACCCUUGGUGUAUCAAAUACCCAUAAGGCUAAAUCUGGCUUGAAAAAGGUCGAUAACAGAGGCAAGGUCAGGAUGCAAUCUUCUGUUGAAAUGAAGAUCUUCAAGGACAGAUGGGACAAUGCGGUUAAGGAGGAUAGUUGUUGGGUCGAUCCAUAUCAGUUGUCAGCAAACCAAAGUAGUCAUUAAUUUUAUGUAAAGACUUCCAUCCACUGAGAACUCUAGGUUGGUAGUUAUAUAAAAGUGAAACACAGAAAUCUGCACAGAUAGAAAUACACACAAUUCUUCUGACAAAAGCGAACCUCAAACAGCUGUGACAAACACUUUCAAGGCUUCCAAGAAACAUUGCAAUGAAUACUGACUGAACCACUGUAUUACAGAGUGCGGAUAUAUUAUUCGACAUCCACCGAGAGGAGCAAUUGGGUUUUCAUGUUAACUUCUCAGCAUUCUUUGUAAAGUACACAAAAUUUACAUUAUAGAUCAUAGGUGAAGCCUGCAAGGUGAGAAUGAGAAAUAGAAGAUCUACCAUUAUUGUGAUUGUACAGUUUCUGUGUUUAUUGAACCUUGUAUUUGUUCAAAUCAAAGCUUGUUGUUUAAACUA